AUGACCGAUGGAUCACUCUCAAAGGCGGCGUACGAGCGGUUGCGGCGGUAUGGUGGACCCUGUGCUGUGGUCGACCCCCUCCUUGCCGUGCUGAUGAGACUGCGGCGGCUUGAAGACUCGGUGCUCGACGUGUUGGAGUCCUUUGGGGUGUCGAGUGAGCAGGUGAAGUCUUGUGGCCGUGCUUGCCAGGAGCCACUAGAAAAGAUCAGACCGCCAUUUGUUGCCAACGACGACGCUUCUUGUGACACCGUAGAUCCCGUGGACCGCUACAUCGUGGCGCACGCGUCACGGGGCCGGCGUGCCAGUGACGUAACGUGUGACGUCACGCAGGAGGAGCGGGAGGCGUGCAGUUCCGCCAUUCUUCGGUGGGUAGAUGAGGCUUCUCCGUUAGACGCAACCCCACUCUUAGAUUCCUCACGCGCUGAACUGAUCACGCGACUCAGUAAAGCAGCGGAAAGUCGUGGUGGGGCGGCCCCACCGCGUGUGAAAAAGCGACGGCGGUCCACCGAGACACCUGGGGGCCGCGAGGGUUUUCUUCACCGGCACUGGGGGCACUAUGCAGCGCAGCUCAAAUCAGCAUAUCGGUCGGAGCGUAGUGUUGUGAAUGCUGUGUGCGCCACUGACAUUGGAAAAAGUCUCUGCUCCCACGCAAAAUGGGUGGAAGUGGCGCAGUGCCGUGCCUCUGGUUUUACAACCCCUGCGGCGAUGGCUCUCUCGCAGAAUUGCAAGGAUUUGACACUGGCGAAGGACGCACUGGCGGCGCGCCAGAGGGGGAUCGUUGGGCUUCUGUCCUCGCUAGAAGAUGCCGUCGACGAGUACACUGAAGAGGCGCGGAACAUCGCUGAUCGUGAAGAGACUCUCUGGUGCAAUGUGAGACUUGCCGAGUGUGAGAUCAGGGCUUUGCUGCACCUAGCUCACCGUGUGAAGGGCAUUGUUGCUGCGCUGUAG